UCUUCAAUGACGAGUUUACGUAUAUACCUCUAAACGGAAACUUCCAGGGUUUCUUCCUUAGCUAGCUAAUGCUACAUUGUGCACUAUUGUUGUUUAGCAAUAGUAAAUAUAUUAUCUACCGAUAUAAUUUCUAACAAGGUUUUAAGUUAGCUAAUUUAAAAUCGAUUAUUUUCACUUUUAACGUGCUCUUGCCACAAGCAAAUUGUAGCCUGCUAGCUAGGUAGCUAGAAUGACAAGUAGGAUAGACUACAGCGUGUGGGACCACAUUGAGGUUUCAGAUGAUGAAGAUGACACUCAUCCAAACAUCGAUACACCCAGCCUUUUCAAAUGGAGACAUGAGGCGCGUGUGGAACGAAUGGACCAGUUCAUAAAGGCUGGUGAGGACCUGGAGAAGGGGCUUGCUGAAUCUAAGCGCAAGUUGACUGAAGCACAGAAGAAGACCAAGAAUCUGUCCAGUUCAGUCACGGACGAUGCCAAAGCCGAGCUGAGCAAGGCACAGGCCGAGGAGAAGAGGCUGAAGAAGGAGGAGCGGGACUGGGAGAAGAAACUGGAGGACCACCGGCGGGAAGAGAAGAAGAUGCCAUGGAGCGUAGACACACUCUGCAAGGAGGGCUUCAGCAAGAGUGUUAUGAACGUUAAGCCAGAUGUGAAGGAGGACACCGAGGAGCAGAAAGAGCAGAAACACAAGACCUUUGUGGAGAAGUAUGAGAAAGAGAUCAAACACUUUGGUAUGAUGAAACGCUGGGACGACAGCCAGAAGUACCUAUCAGACAACCCUCACCUGGUGUGUGAGGAGACGGCCAACUACCUAGUCAUCAUGUGCAUUGACCUGGAGGUGGAGGAGAAGAAAGCGCUGAUGGAGCAGGUGGCCCACCAGACUAUAGUGAUGCAGUUCGUCCUGGAGCUGGCUAAGAGCCUGAAGGUGGAUCCCCGCGGUUGCUUCCGUCAGUUCUUCGCCAAGAUAAAGACUGCAGAUCAGCAGUAUCAGGAUGCCUUCAAUGAUGAGCUGGAGUCCUUUAAGGGGAGGGUGCGCGGCAGGGCCAAGAUUCGCAUCGAGAGGGCCAUGAAGGAGUACGAAGAGGAGGAGAGACAGAAACGCCUUGGGCCUGGAGGACUGGAUCCUGCUGAGGUGUAUGAGUCCCUACCUGAGGAGAUGCAGAAAUGUUUUGACGAGAAGGACAUUGCCAUGUUGCAGACUGUCAUCACGAAGCUGGACCCAACGGAGGCUAAGGUCCACAUGAAGAGAUGCAUCGACUCUGGCCUCUGGGUCCCUAACUCACGGGCAGACGAGGGAGACGACAAGGAGGAAGAUACUACUUAUGAAGAGCUGAAUAAGGAGAUGGGCGAACAGAAGAUAGAAUGAUUGACAUGAAUUGACUUUACGAUGAUGAUAUUUUCAUCUAUGUAGUCGUCACUUCUAUUGCUAUUCCCAAUGUUUUUUUCAUGAAUUGCUCCUUAACGCUUUGGAACAGUGUAACCUCUCUGUGGUGAUGUCCACUCUUUGUGGACAACAGUAUCGCACCAAUAUCACUUGCUGAAUGCUUUUCUUUUUUUAAACAUAAUUCUUGCUUGGGCCUUUAUUAGUGAAGCUGUAUUCUUAAACGUGUGUGUGCCUGUACAUAGUCUCUUUGGGUUUGUGUUAGCCAGCCAGCCAGCCAAUCUGUUGUUUACCUUGUAUUUGUGUGCUUUCAGUUGCUGGGGAACAUUGUUUCUCUUUUUCAUUCAAUAGUCUCACUACUGGUUCUACAUGUAUAGGGAUAGGCAUGGCAGGAUUUAGUUCCUGAUGUGAUAGAAUUAUACAUAGUGAUGUAACGUGGGAUAGCCUAGUAACUGAGGUUGAAUAACGUGGGAUAGCCUAGUAACUGAGGUUGAAUAUCGUGGGAUAGCCUAGUAACUGAGGUUGAAUAUCGUGGGAUAGCCUAGUAACUGAGGUUGAAUAUCGUGGGAUAGCCUAGUAACUGAGGUUGAAUAACGUGGGAUAGCCUAGUAACUGAGGUUGAAUAUCGUGGGAUAGCCUAGUAACUGAGGUUGAAUAUCGUGGGAUAGCCUAGUAACUGAGGUUGAAUAUCGUGGGAUAGCCUAGUAACUGAGGUUGAAUAUCGUGGGAUAGCCUAGUAACUGAGGUUGAAUAUCGUGGGAUAGCCUAGUAACUGAGGUUGAAAUUGAAUCAUAUCAACAUGUGACAUUUUGAAUCCAGUGUACUGGCCCCAUAUGAGCUUUUAGCUCGUUGUUUUCUCUCCUUAAUUUGACCAGCAGGUGUCACCUCACAUCAACUUUUAAGUUGAUGGGAUAAUCACUUUUGAGUAUUAUUUGCUAUUAAAAAUAUCACUGAUGUGGUUUACAUGA